GCAUCAUGGUUUUUUAAAAAUUUAUCAGCCCUGUUCCGGUUUCACUUCCGAAAGAUUCACACGGAUUCGAUUUUCCCAGACCUGUUGCAAUUUUCACUUCUGAAAGAUUUACACGGAAUCUUAGUUCUCUCUGUUAAUUCUCUGUUAAGUUCCGCAAAAAAAGCACGGAAACGUUCUGCCAAGCAUUUAUAUGAAGGAUUCAGAUCCGCAAGAACAGAAAUUAAUUCUUUUAAAAUACUUUGCGAUAGCUUAAAGUGCAAAUCAAAAUUUUAUCUUAUUCUUUGAUGUUUUAAGACCAUUGUUGCAUAACAGAUUUAGUUAAUAGUAACAUAUUUGACUUAAAAAUUAUUUUGUGAUGUCACCUCAGAAUCGCUUUGCAAAUCCGCCGCCCAGUCCUAGUUUCCGAACGAACUUGAUAGAAAUAAAACAAGGGUUGUCAUAGUACGCAAAAAUAAUUCUUUUUUUGGGACUUAUAUUUGCAAGCGCUUUUCGGUUUGUUUUUAUAUGGUGAGAAGUGUUAAUUAUCGAAGUUUAGUUUAAUAGUGUUUUUGGUUUUAUUACCCCUUAAUUUAAUUGCGCAAAGCCUGUUGUGUUGGAACCGUUUUCAUGGUCUCUGGCAACUUUGGACCCGAACACUUCUUGUGAAGAGUUUUCAACACUGGUGCCAAGCAGCUGAUUCACGCACAAAAUUUAAAAUACAAAAUGUUCACCCGGUUGCCAAGAAAAGAAGGACUGCCGCAAGCUGGGUAACAUGGGCAAUCCAGGGAUGCCCUAAGUCGGGUCCAAUUUUCUUAGUAAGGAAAAGAAAUAGAUCUUUGUCAAUUCGGUAAGAAAGCAAAAAUCUGCAAAAUUUUCUGUUAUUAAAGUAAUUUCGAAAUAAUAGUUACUUACUGGCGAUCUUACAAAUAAAAAAUGUUAGCAUGUUAAUGUCCAAAUUGGUUUUAGACAUUAAAUGGGUGCACCAAUAAUGCACAUAGGUAAGGAACAGCAACGGGCCAAAUGUUGUCCAAAGAUUUACCUGGAAAACUUAGGCAAAUCAUAGGCUUUUGUUAAGAGCAGUACCGGCAGUCAGCCCCAAAUAGAAAUUUUCCUAGGAAAUUCGCUAGCAAUUAUUAUUUCCUUUGAUUAUGUUAAAGGAAAAUCCGCCAAUGUUAACGAAUUCACUUCCGAGUGAAAACUGGAACAGGCAUGUAUAUGUUUUUUAAAUGCCUUUUUUUAAGCAUUUAAACAUUAUACCAUUGCAGAGGGUAUUUUAAAUUCAGUCAAAAAUUUCAAACGCAGUAACGGAUACAUUUCCGACAUUAUUAAGUAUAUAUAUUCUUGAUCAGCAUCACAAUGAGAGUCUAUCUAGCCGCCUUGCCGUUUCUGCCCAAACUAAACUUUCAGUUUUAAAUAUAUUGCAGGCAAAAUAUAAGUCGGAUCUAGGCUGUUCGGCCGACUGUAUCACAUAGCUCCUAUUGGAACAAUCUUGAAAAAAGGAACAAAAAUAUAACUUUCCUUUUUUCAAUUUUUUUCAAAAAUAGAUAAUGACCGACCGUCAGGGUUCAUUAGUUAGGAGCAAGAGCCCCUCCCUUCAAGAAGCAGAGGACUCCGACGAAGAGCGCGAGCUAACCAACCUCAACUGGCUUCUGCGAAAUCAAAAUUUAACUUGGCCAAAAACAAUUGAGUCAAACGCAAGAGAAAAUAUUAAUAUAGUAUCGGUAACGAACAAAAAUUCAGAAACAGCCGUACCUCAUAACGCAAAUAUCCGACGAAACCAAAUUCAACUAAUUUGUACAAGAGGCGAGAGCACAGUUAAGAAAUCUAAAAUAUUUCUGGAGUCUAAAACACAAAGAACAACACCAAAACGACCAACUCCAUCGGAACGCUUUGAGAUAUUUGUGAACAAAGUUAAAAGGGAUUUAACUGAGUACGAAAAGUUUGCAAGCAAGUAUGAAACAGAUGUGACUGAGAAACCGCCCUUCAACUAUUCACAUAUAAUUGGGAUGGCCAUGCUGAAGAAUGGUCGCAUAACUUUACAACAAAUAUGUGCUUGGAUAGAGGCAAAGUUUGCUUUCUUCAGAGUACGAAAGAAAUGGAAUAACUCCAUAAGGCAUAAUUUAUCACUACACCACUGCUUUCGUAACCGAAAAAGAGAAGAAAAAGGCAAAGGUGGUUACUGGGAGCUGGGAGUUGACCCGAAAAAGUGUGACAAAAAGCGCAUUCGUAAUAGAAAACUAAGUCAGCCAAAACUAAAUCCAACCGCUAAAUACCAACAUGCAAUCUCUCCACAUCAUAAUAUACAAAACAUUUCAACAGAGGGUGAACAGCUAUCAAACAAACAGCAUGUGAAAUUAUCUCAAACAUACUGUUCAAGAAUUGCAAAGGUGGCUAAGGCAAAUAGUCAGUCAGAAAUAUCAGUUACAAGCCACUUGCAAAUAAUAUCGUCACCGUUCACGGAAGUUAAAUUUGACGAGUCCUUAAAGAAAGAUACUAUCGCUGAGGUAAACGAAAUGCAAUUUGACAGUUGUCCGCUACGAGCAAUGCUUAACGAGGACAUUUUUCAAAAGAAAUGUGAACUGGAAAAAAUUAAAACAGGCGCUGGAGGUUUCAUUAAGGAGCCUAAAAACCUAAACUGUUUUAUAUCCAGCAAGUUGGACAGUACCAGCACGCAGAUUUCCGGAGAAGACGAUUUUUGUACAUUCAACAACAUAAAUAUUUACUCUGAUAUGACACCAGUGCUCACACCGACAUCAGCGACCAUGGAAGACCAAAAUAUAACAUCUGAUAUAUCUAGUCCUUGCCAUCCAUGCAAUAUAACCAUUAAUUAUGAUUACACUAACUUCCGACCCCUAGCGGAGAACAUUGAAGAACAAUAUCAGUUUCGAAAUGAUGACUUAUUAGAUAACCUUCUUGAUGUUUGUGUUGCACACUAUUAAAAAUUCAAAUACAUUUUCCACACAAAA